AUGCAUCUAUGGUACAGAAAUGUUGAUGAAAACAGCAUAAAUCUUCAAAUCAUUCAAAACUACCAACUAGCUGUCAACUAUUUGGAAGAAGUCAAUAACAAAUACACAAGAAUCAUAAACAUAUGUCAUGGUCAAGGCCACAUCACGGAUCUACUUUCUCCAAGCGAACUAGCAAAGCUGAUCCAGAAGGCUGAAACAACGAUUCCAUCAGAUAUGCACAUAUUACUCAAACCUGUAAGCAGAAUGGAAGUCUCCUAUGAUGCGAAUGAACUAAGAAUAGUCACCUUCUUCUUCAUUAUCCAAAGACAAAGUUACGACAUCAUCAAAGUAUUUCCCGUCCCGGUUAAGAAGAGAGAAAACAUAUUCAUAGCACCAAAAGUAUCCAAUGACUUAUUAGCAGUAGAGUACAACAGUCAAAAAUACUUCGAAAUAGAUAAACAGGAAGUCAAGGAAGCCGUAAAACUACGAGAAGGCCUAUACAUUUAUAAUCCUGGAAUGGUCAAAAACAUGGAACAGCAUCCGAAUUGCAUCAUCCAAAGCAUCUACCAAAAAAAUGGGAAAUUCGACUGUGAACUCUCCAGCAUUCAAGUCCAAGACGUAUUAUGGAAAGAACUAAUCAAACCAAAUACGUGGAUGUUCAUUUCCAACCAACCGUCCACUAUAUCAAAACUAUGCGGAGGAAAACGAGAAGAAAUUACCAUCAAUGGAACUGGCACAAUUCACAUAGGAGCAGACUGUCUCCUCAGAACGCAAAAUAUAAUCCUUCGAGCGAGGUUCACGAAUGAGAUGAAAUCAACAACGACGUUCAGCAAGCCAAUCCCAUUGAACUUAUGGCAAGGGAACUCGAAUCCUUCCAAUGAAAAUCUCAUCGAGCCCGAAACAGCAAUGGGCAACAUCUCUGCAAAUUUAACAAAGAUAAUUCUAGAAGAAGAGGAACCAAAUUCACAUAUCUGGAGACAUUUUUCACACCCUCUUGCUACAACCACCGUGAUAGGAAUCUCUGCGAUAGUCACACUAGCUGUAACGUACCUCUGUAUGCGAUAUAUACGUCCACUCCUUCGGAACCGAAGAACUAACAGAUCCACCACGGAAAUAAAUGAAGUAGAAGCCGAAAUUCCAUUGACCGAAAUCACACCGAGUUCAAAACCACGCCAGCAAUGUUUCGACCUUGACCAGCUCUACGCCGAGGCGAAAACAGAAUUCCAGACGAGAGACCAACUCCGGACGUCAGCACCCAUUCAUGACCAUGCCCAAUAA